AAAUUCAACGAUAAACGUUUUCUUUAGACACAACGGAAGUAUAAAAAUGUUGAUUUUUGCCAAAUUAGGUUGUUAAUCACGAAGAUCACAAAUCAGCUCUUACCAGCUUUGCUAAACCACAAGUCGGUCAAUACGAAGGCGAAUGAAAAGCAGUUGGCUAAUAAACGUGCUGUGUGUUAGUUGAAUUGUGCCAAGCGUCUAGAUCAAACAAGUGCAAUUUUUUUUUUGAACUAGCUGCCUUCAUUGCAAUUAAGUGAACGCCCAUAAUGCCGCCUGUGCAAGUACAAGCAGCUGACAUGUCGCUAGCUGCUAUGCAUUGUGCCCGCUGUGCGGACGGCUUCGAACCUAACGAGAAGAUCGUCAACUCCAACGGUGAACUCUGGCAUACACAAUGUUUCGUGUGUGCGCAAUGCUUUCGCCCCUUCGAGGAUGGCAUCUUCUAUGAAUUCGAAGGACGCAAGUACUGUGAGCGUGAUUUCCAUGUACUCUUCGCACCGUGUUGCAAUAAGUGCGGUGAAUUCGUGAUCGGGCGUGUUAUCAAGGCGAUGGGCGCAAGCUGGCAUCCACAGUGCUUCCGUUGUCAAAUGUGUGCCAAAGAGCUGGCCGAUACCGGUUUCAUACGCAAUCAAAAUCGUGCCUUAUGCCAUGAGUGCAAUGCCAAAGUGAAGGCCGAGAUAACGGGUCGUUAUAUGUGUCAUAAGUGCCAUGGCGUCAUUGACGAUGCACCGUUGCGUUUCCGUGGCGAAGUCUACCAUGGUUAUCACUUUAAUUGUACGUCGUGUGGCGUGGAAUUGGACUCAACCGCUCGUGAAGUCAAAAGUCGACCUGGCUUAACGGCCAACGAUAUGAACGAAUUAUACUGUUUGCGUUGCCAUGACAAGAUGGGCAUACCAAUUUGCGGCGCUUGUCGUCGCCCGAUCGAGGAGCGCGUGGUCACUGCUUUGGGUAAACAUUGGCAUGUCGAGCACUUCGUAUGCGCCAAAUGCGAGAAGCCUUUCUUGGGCCAUCGUCACUACGAGAAGCGUGGUUUGGCAUAUUGCGAAACACAUUAUCACCAAUUGUUUGGCAAUUUGUGCUUCGUUUGUAAUCAAGUCAUAGCUGGCGAUGUGUUCACAGCGCUGAAUAAGGCCUGGUGUGUGCACCAUUUCGCUUGCUCGAUAUGCGAUAUGAAAAUGACGCAGAAAUCGAAAUUCUACGAAUAUGAUGAGAAGCCAGUUUGCAAAAAAUGCUACGAACGUUUCCCUAACGAAUUGCGGCAACGUUUGCGUAAGGCACAUGAAAUGUCUAUGAAAAAGAACUUCUAAAUGUCUGCGUGAAAUCUGCUUAUAACAAUUAGAACAACACAUUGUGAAUGCAACGUUCUAAUACGCAAUGAUUACUAUAUGCAAAGUGAGGCCAAAAAAGUCAUAAAGCAAAGCAUAAAUGAUAAUUAAAAUUUUGAAGACUAACUAAGCCGUUGGCCAGCGUUGGAAAAUGCAUUAAAUAAGUGCCUGUAAACGAUAUUUUUUUUGUAUUUUUAAUACGGAACACUGUUAUAUUGCCAUUAUAGCCACUGUCUGAAUUCAAAACACAAGCACAAUAUACAUAUAUACAUACAUAUUUAUAUGUGCCUAGUAAAAGCAACAACUAAUAGUCAAUAUUAUUAACAUGUAAUGUACAGUAACUUUUUUAUUCAGAAGGCAGUAGUUUGCGCGUGCCGGUAUAUAAUUUGCAGCGCGUGUUUAAAGUAUACAGUUUACAAACAGCUUCCAUAACAAUUUUAUUAUAUAAGUGUUUUGUAAAUGCCAACAUAUCCGAAUAAAAUUUCAUGUCUAAUUAUAAGGCGAAAAUUUA